AUGAGUGCUACUAAAGCGACCGAUACUUCCAACCAAGGCGUCGCUCCUGGCUCCUCAACCGGGGCUCCCGGCGACCCAUCUGGUCUACGGGAUUCCCGAUCGCAGUACGACCCGUCGACUACAGGGUAUAAUUCAGCGACUGGCGCUGGGUACUCGACGUUGUCGGCAGGCGGGCCACAUCACCACCACCAUCAGCCGGCAUCCCCGUUAAACAGCUAUGACCAGGCCGCCAGCCAGGACAGUCGCAUCGAGCACGCACCCAGUACGGCGCAGCGAGUGAAGAUGGAGGAGGAGGCAGCCCAAACCAAGGGCUCGGAUUCCGGCAAGUUCGGCUCGGACACGCAGCGGCGGGCGAAUGCCGCCAGCGAGGAAUUCGGGCGCGGGGUAAUCGGUACAACCGCAGGAAUCCAUGGCGUGGGCGAGGCGCUCCGCGGCACGUUCAAUGCGGCCGUCGACAAGGCAGUUGGACACCAGGAGGGUGUUGAACGUAACCAGGAGAUUGCGCGAAAGGGCGAGCAAGAGAUCCAGUCGGGCCAAUUUACGGGCGAGAGCAAUGAAGCGCGACGAAAGCUAGCUUGA